AUGUGGGGCGUGUGGAACAGCGUGGCCAGUUACCGCCUGGAGGAGAACAGAGAAGAAGGCGACGUUUUGUCGACUGAGGAAAACACCGCCUUGGAGGCCUGCACAGCUCUUUCUUACCUUUUUGGCUUUUUGCCAGUUGUUAUUCUCGAUGUUGUGCUCCCUUCCAGGGUAAUUAGAGUGGUGACAUAUUUCGUCUUGUCUCUUUUUCUCUUCUUGGGCCGCUACGCAGCGGAAAUCCAUUUGAGGCAAACUUUCCUUGGCUGGCUGGACACGCGGCGGCGGGUGGACCGGCUGGAGUCGGACUUGAAGCGGCAGCGGACGCGGGGCGGAGCAGCAACUUCGGUGGAGCAUUUGCUGCACUUGCUGCGGCAGGUGCAGGAGCUGAACGAAGCUGCUGUUGCUGCUGCUGCUGCUGCUGCUGCUGCUGGGGAGCUGCGGGGGCAGCUGCAGGAAGCGCGGCUGCUGCUGCAGCAGUGCCUCUCCAUUCUCUGCACUAACACCAAUCUUUAUGCCGUCAAGUUUGGGCCAAUUGAGAGUCAGCACUUGGACAUUUUGCAAGCUUUGAUCAACGACAAAAACGCGCUUCCCAAGGACUGGCUGCGGGCCCGCAACGCGCCGCUGCAGCAGCAGCAGCAGCAGCAGCAGCAGCAGCAGCAGCAGCGUGCGCCGCUGGGUGCGGCGGCGGAGCCUGCGCAGCAGCAGCAGCUGCUGCAGCAGACCGACACCCGCAGCAGCAACGUCAGCAGCGGCGGCAGCAGCAGCCUCAACCACAGCGGCAGCAGCAGCAACCACGCGACCAACCCCGAGGCCCUGCCCUCCCCCCAGCAGCAGCAGCAGCAGCAGCAGCAGCAGCAGCAGCAGCACGUUGCAGCAGCAGCAGACGAGUGGGGCGGAGGGCCCCCCGUCUCCGCCUUCGGCCGCCGAGCAGCGGACAGCAUCAGCAAGCAGCAGCAGCAGCAGCAGCAGCAGCAGCAGCAGCAGCAGCAGGGGCCUCCUCCGCCGCUGCUGCCGCCCUCCCCGCCCUCCCCCCUGCAGCAGCCGCAGCAGCAGCAGCAGCAGCAGCAGCAGCAGCAGCUGCUGCUGAUGCUGCCGCGCAGCCGCAGAGGCUCGCAGGGGGGAGAAGACAGUGGGGGACAUCCAAACCCUAAUUUAGAGGAAAGCGGAGACAAGUGCAGCAACAGGAGUUCUGUGCUGUCGGACAUGCUGCAGCAGCUGCCGCGGCGCGUCAGCAGAGCAGCAGCAGCAGCAGCAGCAGCAGCAACAGCAGCAACAGCAGCACACGACCGACACGACCGAAACAGCACCUACAACGACGACAAACUCCUCAAAGUCGCCUACCUCUUCUCCCCUGGAACCGCCGGCUCUUCGGGGCUGCUGGCGUCUUUGGGAGAGUGGCGGUUUGACGUGCUGCAGUACGGGGGAGACAGCAGCAACCCUCUUUGCGAAUUAGGGUUUAUUCUUUUGUCUCCUUUUUGCUUCGACACUCCCGGAGACCAAACCCUAAUUCGUUUUCUCAAAACCAUCGACAAGUACUACCUCCCCGUGCCCUACCACAACGCGCUCCACGGGCUCAUGGUGGCACAGAAGAUAUACGCGCUUUUGAAUUUCUUUUCUUUGAUUCGAAGCAGACAGCCGAGAGACAUUGCCUUGAUCCUUGUGGCGGUGGCUAGGAACUGCCACGCAGCAGCAGCAGCAGCAGCAGCAGCAGCAGCAACAGCAGCAGCAGCAGCAGCAGCAGCAGAAGCAGCAGCAGAAGCAGUUCCUGCUGCUAUCGUUGUCACCUCUGGUGCUGCUCUGC